CUCUCCAGGAGACAGCUGUCAAACCUCCCUCAGUGUGUAUGUGUACGUGUGCGGACUGACACGGAGCAGACAGUCUUGCUGUUAACUGCUUUGUCUCAUUUAUCAAGAGCUCCAAGUACAUAUUACUGGGCCAACUUUGGAUGUGUGUUUUCUAAGAUAAGGCUUAACUAAAGACAAAAUUUGGAAAUAACAAGCUGAAACUAUGACUACCGAGGGAGACAGGCAAUCUGUUUUGCGCACGACAAAGGUUCGUACUGCACUGAAAGGAGACAGCAGUUGGAUUCAACGGUAUAAUCAGUCUGGACCAGAGGCGGAGGAGGAGCAAAAGCCAUGGAUUGCAGAGGUACGUGCAAGUCGUCUCAACAGCGAUGUCAGUGACCCCGUAGCUGAUAACACACCUACUGAACAACAACCUCAAACUUCAUCGAACACAGACAGUUCUAAAACAUCUGGAUACAUAAUCAGGGGUGUUUUCACAAAGACGGACACCAAACCUGCCUCAUCAUCCACUAAUGGCUACAUUGGAACAUCUGGCUUCACCAAAAAGACCUCUGAAGGAUACAAGAAAAUAGCUCCUCACACGGUUCGCUCGAGCACUGAGAGAACAAAGCCAUCCGAGCCAUCACUCAGCACAGAAGAAAUGGAGAAGAGGACAGAGGCAGCCAGCAAAACACUGAACACCUCAGCAAGAAAGCAGAGAUCAUAUGUGCUGUCAGCUGCAAAGAAAUAUGAGUCAACUUCAGGAAAUACAGACAGCUCUGCCUCACCAGCCACAGCUUUUGUUGCUAAAAGGGUAGUUAUUACUGAGGAGGAAGACGGUGACUCUGCUCCUAAACAGAGUGUGGAGAUGAGUGUUGAUGAGCCAAUACCUCCAGAAGUCUCAUCUGCAAAACCUGAAUUGAAACCAAGAGUCAAACCAGAGCCCGCACCUAAACAAAGUGAUACCCUCACUGCUCUCUCUGACACUUUGCUGACCACUCCAGAAUCCACCAGUGUCAGUAAUGAUGAGACGAUUACUCAGGCCACUUCUGUUGCUCCAGUUGCUGCUUUAAAGAAAUCUGAAAAAACUGAGCCCGAGCCAGAUUCCACUCCCACAGCAAGUACCACUGAACCAGUCGCUCCGGCCGUUCCAGCUGUAAAGGAAGUCCCAUCCACAACUCCUGAACCCGAACCAGAGGCCACUUCUAACCUGAGUAUCAACUCAAAGCCAGUUGAGAAGACCAGCGUCUUGAAUGAUGAUGCUCUUCUGGAUCUGACUGAGAGCACUCCACAGAAUUUGCUGGAUCCCGUCCCCAUCCACACUGACCUGCUGGCAGGAGGCUCCCUACCCAAGACAGAGAAGACUACAGGAUCUCUGGAUCUGCUUGCAGUUGAUAUUAUCCCCAUUGACACCAAUACUGACAAACUAAGCACUGAUAAAACAAACACCAUAACUGAGAUAACCCAAACUGUGGUGCAGACCGAGAAGGAUGUAAAGAGCACUCCACAGAGUUUGGAGGACCCCUUCCCCACCACCACUGACCUGCUGAAAGGAGGGUCUUUGCCUGAAACAGAGAAGACUACUGAAUCUCUGGACCUACUGGCUGAUGAUAUCAUUCCCAUUGACACCAACAAGGACAGACUCAGCACAGACAAAACGCGGAGCAAAGUGGAGACAACGACAACUGUGAUACAGACAAACUCUGCUGAUUCAUUCGAUCCGAUUCCGAAAGUGAGAGAGUCCACAAAAAGCUCUGUAGAGUUGUUUGAUCCUCUUCUGUCGGACAGCAAUAACGACGAACAGGACAAACUUACAGUCACAUUUGAGCAGAAGUCCUCUAAAACCAGCUCACCAUGGGACAAAUGGAUGGUUCCCACUUUUGACACUGAAACAGAGGACAGUAGUUACACCGUCUACACCAGAACAGAAGAAAACAGUAUCCAGGAGCCGGACACUGAAGCUAAAAAGAAUUUAGUCUAUGUGAAAUCGUAUGUGAAAUCAUCUGACCUACCCAGAUACAGCAGCAGCAGUGACUAUGAUUAUGUGACCUCGGAUUCCAGCAGUUAUGCAUACAGCAGCCCCUCCAGCACUGAAGGUAUGACCACCUGCACAUACUGUGGUGGUCUCGUUGGAAAUGACUCCAAGAUUACUAUUGACCAUCUGAACAUCUCAUGCCAUCCUGAAUGCUUCAAGUGUGGUAUCUGCAGUAAGCCAAUGGGUGAUUUCAUCGACUGCAUGUUUUUGCACCGUGGGACGGUUCACUGCGAGAGCUGUUAUUCUAAUGUUAUUUAAGGUGGAGUUGUAUGAUGUGCUUUCUGCUUCGUUACUUGGCGAAUGUUAGUAACCAAUGUAAAUCCUGAGACACUAGUUCUUCAGAUUAUCUCCUUGUCCUUUUUGACUCUCAGAACACAAGCGCUGUUUGAAUUCAUUAACAUCCCUAAAACAGUUAAGAUUCUUCUAUGUCUGCUUAUUGUGAAAAGUACCUUCAAAAUCAGCAUCGAGUGUGUUUGGUUGAGUGGGUUGUCACUUUUUCCUACAAUUUACGAGCCUUACUUCAUCUUUAAAAUUGUAAUAUUACCAAAAAAGGUUUCCUUUGCUGUGUAUUCUUCAGAGGAUGAACAUACUUCUUAAAGCUGUGAAUAAAUAUCGGGUUUUAAAAUGA